UCCAGUCGUCUCACUCAAAUACUAUACCGUGAUAAGGGUGUUCACAACAUGGACGCUCAUAUGCUUCCACUGCAGAGAGGUUCUCAUCUCUUAGUGGGUGAGCCCAGCGUGCAGAUAUUUGAGGAACCCAAGCAAAGGGGCAUGCGCUUCAGAUACAAGUGUGAGGGGCGAUCGGCUGGCAGCAUCCCCGGUGAGAGGAGCACGGACAACAACAGGACCUACCCCAGCAUCCAGAUUUUGAAUUUCACUGGCAAAGGAAAGGUGCGUGUGUCACUGGUGACCAAGAACGAGCCCUACAGACCACACCCCCACGAUCUGGUGGGUAAGGACUGCAAGGACGGGUACUACGAGGCGGAGUUUGGGCCUGAGCGCAGGGUCAUUGCCUUUCAGAACCUGGGGAUCCAGUGCGUGAGAAGGAGGGAGGUGAAGGAAGCGAUAAUGCAGAGGAUUUCCCGCCACAUUAAUCCCUUCAAUGUGCCCCGGGAACACCUGCUGCAGACCGAGGAGUACAACCUGAACGUGGUGCGGCUGUGCUUCCAGGUGUUCCUACAGGACGAGGCCGGCCAGUACAGCCACAUGCUCCCGCCCAUCGUCUCCAACCCCAUCUACGACAACCGUGCCCCAAAUACCGCCGAACUCCGGAUCUGCCGAGUCAACAAGAACAGCGGUAGUGUGAAGGGAGGAGACGAGAUCUUCCUGCUCUGUGACAAGGUUCAGAAAGACGACAUCGAGGUGCGGUUCUUCACGCACAACUGGGAGGCCAAGGGCUCCUUCUCCCAGGCCGACGUCCACAGGCAGGUGGCCAUCGUCUUCAAGACGCCGGCGUACUUCGACCCGUCCAUCGCGUCGCCCGUGACCGUGCGCAUGCAGCUGCGCCGACCCACCGACCAGGAGGUCAGCGAGGCCAUGGAGUUCCGAUACCUGCCCGACGACAAAGAUCCCUAUGGUUGUCAGGAGAAAAAGAGAAGGAGAGAAGACUUGAUGAAAUCCUUCCCCAGUUUUACGGGUCUGAACCAGGCGAACAGAGUUAAGGCUGUGCCACGCACUCAAAUGAUGGGUCAGCCCAUUAAAAAAGAGCCCCCUAGCAUGUACAUGAGGAUGGAGGGCAUGUACCCCAACCCCUACCAGCAGUCUGUUCCCCAGCGCACCAUGAUGACAUCACAGGUAGCCACUCAGGCGUCGGUGUCCAUCAGCCAGGCCUGGUCCCACCCCAACCCCGCGCUGUCCCUGGACGCCAUCCGCAUCAACCCCUCCUCCUCCGCCGACGGCCACGGCAACGGCCCCGGCAACGGCAUGCAGCAGCUCCAGUGCAAUUCGGGGUACCCCAGCGCGGGCGACGGGAGCAGCCUGCCCCUGCUGACGGAGGGGGACCUGCAGUGCCUGGGGCCAGAGACGCAGGCCUUAAACAGUCACCCUUCCCAGCUGCUCCAGCAGCAGCAGCAGCAGCAGCAGCAGGCCUCCCUGCCCGUCCACAGGAAGGACCAGGGGGCGGGGCCAGGGGCGGGGCUGCAGUCGACCUGGGCCGGUUACGGGCUCCCGGCUGCGCAGGACGUGCUGAACGGAGACUGCGGCGUCAACGCGCAGCUGCCCUACAUGGGCAACGAGGACUUCCUGCAGUGCCUGGCCGACUCCUCCCCCUCGGGCUUCGCCAUGAAGCGGGAGCCGCAGGCCGCCAUGGAAACGGGCCAGGGCGUGGGCAUGAUGCCCUCCUCCGACUGCCACCUCUCCUACACCCCCCUGCUGCCCCGCCCCGCCAACAACGAGGGCGCCCUGGAGGCUGCCGUCCUCAGCGUCGCCCCCGGCUGGCCUGAAGGCCUUCAAGAACCAGUUCUCCACCAAUCAGGGUGGCUCUGAAGCCAACCUGUCGUUCAAUUGGCCCUAUUAGCUGGAAUGUUGAUCCAGGCUGUGAUGCAAUGAGGAAGGAGGCCCUGUCUGUAGGCUACGCCAUUAACAUGAAAAGAAUGUUCGAUACAUGAUGUUCUGUCAACUGGAAAUUCCUUCAUUCCUUUAUCAAAUUUUCUAUUUUUUUACUUUUUUUAUACAGGCUGCUCUUUUAGAUGAAUGUAUUUUCUAUCAAAUUUGAAAAUCAUUUGGUUUUCAAAUCAGAAUAAUCAGUCAAAGGAUUCACUGCAACGAGCA